AGCUGUACAGCAGACGCAUAUUCCUGCCUGUUGACAUUACUAAAUUGUUAGGUCAGCGCAAUGGUGAGGAAAGCCUCCAGAAGUGUAGGGAGGUACACAGCGACACACAAAUCCAGCAAGAGGACUCACUAUCGGCCCCGUCCGACCAGAGGCGUCGUGACCCGCAGCCAGGCCAACACCAGCGGCUGCUUCUUCCACGGACUCCCGGCGGAGGUGUUUGACAUGAUCCUGGACAAACUGUCUGUGCUGGAGCUCAGCGUAUUCAGCAUGGUGUCCAAGGAUAUCACUAAAUCCGUUGUGGACUACAUCUCCACUCUAACCUGGAGGAAUAAAAGAAUCAUUCAGAGCUUUCACCACCGCACCUGCCCUGAGCAAAAAUCCACUGUUGGACACUACAGAGACUUGGGAUUGUUGUUCAAGAGAUGCACGCUGUUGCUACCAACAAAGGACAGGUUGAAGUUUAUCUAUAGCAAGUUUUCACAGAUUCCCUGCUUCCUGUUGGAGAAGUGUUUGGCACCAGACUGCAUUGGCUUCAGCUGCUAUGGAGUCUUCCUCCAGACGCUGAUUGCAGGGUGGGAUGAGCUGGAGUGCCACAGAGUGUUCAACUUCCUGUGUGACCUCACAAAUCUGAUGCAGAAAAUAGAUGCUGUCGUCACUGCAAAACCAGGGGUGAGGUGGUACCAAAGGCUGCAGCUCCGUCUUUUCUGCCGCCAAGUUCUGUUGGACCCGUGGCUAAGCCAGACAGAGUGUCAGUUCUGGCUAAUGCAACUCCUGAAGCCUUGGCCCAUGGUCAGCCAGGCACACUACUUACUGUUAAUCCUCUAUGGACCUCUGCUGCCUGAGGGCACCGGCGGGUGGCAGGAUCUGGCAGAGAGGGGGCUUCCUCACAGCGCUCUGUGGGACCUGGCCAGGGCCAUCCUCCUGCUUUUGGGCAAACUAGAAGACAAAGGCCAGACAACCAAUUUACUGCUGGCAAUCGUUGAGGAACUCAUUGUCAUUCCUCAGCCGUGGCAUGUGGAGAAUGUGGCUCGUCUCUUGGUGCUGUGUGGCAGCAGUCUCUGCUACACUGUUCUGGCCAGCAAGGCCAUCAAUGGACGACUUCCUGAGAUCUCCAGACUCAUCGUGUACAUCAUACUGGUGUGUGAGAAGGACGGCUAUCACAUGUCCUGGGCGGUGAAGUUGGUGCAGCAGAUCUGCGGGACGUUCAGCACGCCUCCCGAACGGUUCAGCUUCAUCCAUCAACUGGAGAACAUGUUCUCAGAGGUCACCAGGGAGUUUUUUGAGUUCUCUCUAACAGGGAACCACCUCGAGGACCGGGAGACUUUCCAGACCCUGUGUGUCCUUCUGGACUCCAGUGCUCGCUUCCACACCAAAUUCCUCCACAUGUUCCUAAAAUAGUAGUGAUGCAAAUUGAAAGUGUCAAGGAAG